GAAUUUGAGAGCAUAGAGCUCCGAUUGCUUGGUAAAAGUUACUUCUUUAUUUUUUUUUACAAUCCGAUUUCACUUUUUCUUGAAGUGCAUGAUUUUGAUGGGACCGGUCUCUAUCUAUUAAAUGCAACUGUUUCUUCUUCUUCUUCUUCUUCUUCCCCUUUUCCUCUUAUCCUGACAACCGAUCUCCUCAUUCCGUGUGUUAUGAUCUCUCUUUGCAUAGUUUUAGCAAUUCUUGAUUUGGGUUUCUGUUCAAUUCUCCAUUAAAGGAGACCCUUUUCUCCAUUCCCCUAUCCUUCCCUGGUGUGCUGAAAGAAUUGGGCUUUCUUAUUUCCACAUGAGUUGCUUUUAGGAGUUCUUGAUUUGGGUUUCUCUUGAACUCCACAUUGAGAUACCCAAUUCAUUACUCGGGGUUCCUGUGAAUUCUGCAUUGAGUGAGACCUUGAAUUCCAUAGUGAGAUUCUUUUCCUAAUUCGCGCAAGUUCAUUUGUAGGAGUAGCUGAUUUGGGCAUCUCUUCAAUCCCCAGUUGAGCAAAGGCUAUGUCGAGGCCACUGUACCGAGGGCUCUCCGGCGGUGGUCGGAUCACUAGCCUCGCCGCCCACGAUGUGUUCGAUGAAGAUUUCAAGCCAAAGGACCUCUCUGGUAAUGGAUUCGGGCACGAUCUAUCAAGCCCAAUGACCCCUGGUAGAACUAAACAUAGCGUCACCAUUUCCCUUCUCAAACUUGGCCUAGCUAUCACUAUCCUUGCCGCACUGUCGGUCUCCUUCUACUGGACAUUAUCCCUCUCCGUAGCAUCCCCAGUUACCAUUCAUCGUAGCUACCGAAGACUUCAAGAACAGCUCAUUACUGAUCUCACUGAUAUAGGAGAUCUCUCUGUUGGUACUGCCAAAUCUAAAGAUUUGGAAUUUUGCCCACCCGAAUACGAGAAUUAUGUUCCUUGUUACUAUAAUGUUUCAGAGAGUUUAGAUUCGGUGGAGCUGUCUGACGUCUCAGCGGAGUAUGAAAGACAGUGUCCUCGAGGAGCAGAGAAGGAGAGGGCUUGUUUGGUUCUGCCACCGAGGAAUUAUAGGAUUCCUUUGAGGUGGCCGUCAGGGAGGGACUUUAUUUGGAAGGGGAAUGUAAAGAUCAGUGGACAAGAGUUCUCGUCUGGGAGCUUAACCAAGAGGAUGAUGGUGGAAGAAGAACAGAUAUCGUUCAGGUCAGAUUCGCUUAUGGUUGAUGGGGUAGAAGACUACUCACAUCAGAUAGCUGAGAUGGUUGGGCUGAGAAAUGAGUCAAACUUCAAUGAGGCUGGGGUUAGAACUGUGUUAGAUAUUGGGUGUGGCUUUGGCAGCUUAGGAGCGCAUCUUUUCUCAAAACAGCUUCUAACAAUGUGCAUCGCAAACUACGAGCCCUCAGGUAGUCAAGUUCAACUUACUCUUGAGAGAGGUCUACCUGCCAUGGUUGGUUCAUUUGCAUCAAGACAGUUGCCAUUCCCAUACCUCUCUUUUGAUAUGGUACACUGUGCAAGAUGUGGAGUCGACUGGGAGAAGAAUGAUGGUAUUUUCUUGGUCGAAGUGGACAGACUUUUAAGGCCUGGAGGUUAUUUUGUAUGGACUUCAGUUUCAAACUCUCAUAGAUCUCUACGUGACAAAGAAAAUCAAAAGAAGUGGACACAAAUUCGCGACUUUGCUGAGAACCUCUGCUGGGAUAUGUUAUCUCAACAAGAUGAAACCAUUGUCUGGAAGAAAACAAGUAAAAAGAAAUGCUACAGUUCUCGGAAAUCUGGCCCUUCAAUAUGUGGCAAGAGUCAUGACACUGAAUCCCCAUACUAUCAACUACUUAAUCCCUGCAUAGGAGGAACCAGAAGUCAGAGAUGGAUUCCUAUUGAAGACAGAACACCUUGGCCUUCUCGGGUUAAUCCAAACUCAACUGAACUUGCAAUUCAUGAUUUGCACUCAGAGGACUUAGCCGAGGACGCGUUAAAUUGGAACUCUGCUGUUCGCAACUAUUGGUCUCUUCUUUCACCUCUGAUUUUCUCGGAUCAUCCAAAGAGGCCUGGCGAUGAGGAUCCCUCUCCACCUUUUAACAUGCUCAGAAACGUGCUUGACAUGAAUGCUCGAUUAGGCGGGUUCAAUGCUGCACUGUUAAAUGCAGGAAAAUCUGUUUGGGUUAUGAAUGUUGUUCCCACAAGUGGUCCAAAUUAUCUCCCUCUCAUCCUUGACAGGGGAUUUAUUGGCGUUCAGCACGACUGGUGUGAAGCAUUUCCAACAUAUCCGAGAACUUAUGAUAUGGUGCAUGCUGAAGGAUUACUAUCACUUAUGACUCCUCAUCUCCAUAGGUGUUCAACAUUUGAUAUAUUUAUGGAGAUUGAUCGCAUUCUGCGGCCAGAGGGUUGGGUGGUACUUCGUGAUGAAGCUUCUCUUAUUGAAAGCCUACGACCUCUAAUAGCAAGAUUAAAAUGGGAUUCUCGAGUGAUGGGGCUCGAAGGGAACAGCGACCAGAAAUUACUUGUUUGUCAAAAGCCCUUCUUCAGGAAACAACUGCAGUAAAUCAUCAUUCACCAUAAAGUUCAAUCAAGCAAGCAAGUAUAUUGAAGUUUGCCAGAGAGGAGAUAAAGUGAACUCUUCGGCACUUUCUAUGGAGCCGUAAGGUCUCCAUGGACCCUGUAAUUAUUCAAAAUUUAGAUCGAGGAAUAUUAUAGGAUAGGCAUAGUUUUUUGAAAUCAAAGAUGGGUAUCGAGGAUACAGAGAUGAGGCAGUCAAAGUGGCUAUUACGUUGUGAAAAUGGAUAUUGAAUAAAGGAGUGAUGCUGCAGUAUAUACAUAUAUAUACAAGGGCAAUGGGCAAUGCAGUGCAUCAUAUUUGGGUAUAUUCUUUUCUUUCAAUAUAUUCUUCUCUGUAUUCUAUAA